AUGGAAUCCAAAUCAUCUGAUUCGGCAUAUAAACGGCCCUCGGUAUACAGUGAUACCCAGCAUGCCCAGGUUACGUCUAUAUUGGCAGAUGGCGACGUACCGUAUGCGGACCAUGAGAUGGACGCGGAUGAGCGGGUGAUUAUGGCCCUAGGUUACAAGCAGGAAUUCAAGCGGGAGUUCUCCUUGUGGACGACUUUUUGUGUCAGUUUUGCCGUGCUCGGGUUACUUCCAUCAUUCGCAAGUACUUUGUAUUAUGGUAUGGGAUAUGCAGGAACAGCAGGUAUGGUGUGGGGCUGGAUCAUCGCUAUGAUCUUUAUCCAAUGUAUUGCGAUGUCUAUGGCGGAGCUGUGCUCGGCCAUGCCUACGAGUGGCGGACUCUACUAUGCUGCAGCUGUUCUCGCGCCCCCAGGCUGGGGCCCCUUAGCUGCAUGGAUCACAGGAUGGUCCAACUGGAUUGGACAAAUCACUGCAGCACCAUCAGUGGACUAUGCGCUGGCCGCAAUGAUCUUGGCUGCCGGCUCAAUCACCAACCCAGGCUAUGUCCCAACAAAUUGGCAGAUCUAUCUCCUAACGAUCUUGAUCAUGAUCAUCCACACGGUGAUCAGCAGUCUACCCACGAAACAGGUGGCACAAUUCAACUCCUGGGGCUCAACAUUCAAUGUUCUCGCACUCGUCACCACCCUUAUUGUCAUCCCUGCAGCUACUAAGAACACUCCCAAAUUUACACCCUCUCACAAAGUCUGGAGCGAUAUUAAGAACCAAACCGAUUUCCCCGACGGCAUUGCCGUGCUUAUGACGUUCGUUGGUGUGAUCUGGACCAUGUCCGGCUAUGAUUCGCCCUUUCAUCUGAGUGAGGAGUGUUCCAACGCCAACGUUGCCUCACCGCGUGCCAUCGUCAUGACAUCCGGCGUCGGCGGCGUAAUGGGCUGGUUCCUACAGCUCGUCGUUGCAUACACGGUUACAGACAUUGACGCAGUCAUUGGUUCGGAAUUGGGCCAACCGUGGGCUUCGUAUCUGCUCCAGGUUCUACCUCAGCAGGCAGCACUUGGAAUUCUCGCUCUGACGAUCAUUUGUGGCUUCUCUAUGGGCCAGGGAUGCAUGGUCGCCGCUUCGCGGGUCACAUAUGCCUACGCUCGCGAUGACUGCUUUCCUUUUUCAAAGUACUGGAAGCAGGUGAACAAAACCACACAGACGCCCGUCAAUGCUGUGGUUCUCAACUCCAUCCUAGGAUGUAUAAUGUGUCUCCUGGUUCUUGCUGGCACCACCGCCAUCGGCGCCCUUUUUUCUAUCGGUGCUAUAGCGCAAUUCGUCGCUUUCAUCAUCCCCAUUUUCAUUCGUGUCUUCUUUGUGGGGAAUCGCUUCCGUAAGGGACCUUGGAACCUCGGCCGCUGGGGGCCUCUGAUCGGUGGUAUUGGAUGUUCUUUUGUUGCGCUCAUGGUGCCUAUAUUGUGCUUGCCCAGCGUCACCAAGGGAGAUCUGACUCCGGAUCUUAUGAACUGGACUUGUCUCGUCUAUGGUGGACCGAUGCUAGCUGUUCUGAUCUGGUGGUUUGUUGAUGCCCACCGCUGGUUCACCGGUCCCAAAGUCAAUGUGGAGCAUGCCAUUCAUGUUGUCCACGAUGAGCCAGAAGUCAGUGAAGGUGUGGAGCCGGAACAUGCGCAAGAGACCGAGACGACGAAGAGUGCCAAGUAUGACGAAACUCUGCCGAAGUAG